CAGCAGGAGCCUUGGCUGCGCAGUCCAGGCUGCUGAAGUGUCAUGGCCAAGUUGCACCUGCUGCCGUGGCUGCUGCUGCUGCCCACACUCCGUGGUCCAGGCACUGCAGCUGAUGGGACCACCUCAUCCCCGGGCUGUGCCCAGGGCCCCAAGUUCUGGUGCCAAAGCCUGGAGCAAGCCUUGCAGUGCAGAGCCCUAGGGUACUGCCUACAGGAAGUCUGGGGACACGCGGGAGCUGAUGACCUGUGCCAGGAAUGUGAGGACAUCGCCCGCAUUCUCACCAAGAUGGCCAAGGAGGCCAUUUUCCAGGACAGGAUUCGGAAGUUCCUGGAUCACGAGUGUGACGUCCUCUCCCUGAAGCUGCUGGUGCCCCAGUGUCACCACAUGCUGGACAUCUACUUCCCACAGGUCAUCGACCGCCUCCAGAGCCAGAUGAACCCAAAGGCCAUCUGCGAGCACAUGGGCCUGUGCAAACCCAAGAGUCCACAGCCGGAGCUGUCGGACCCUCUGCUGGACGAGCUGGUCCUCCCUGUGCUGCCAGGGGCCCUCCAGGCGAGGCCUGGGCCCCAGACACAGGAUCUCUCCGAGCAGCGGUUCCCCAUCCCCCUCCCCUUCUGCUGGCUCUGCAGGACUCUGAUCAAUCGGAUCCAAGCUGUGCUUCCCAAGGGUGUGCUGGCCACGGCUGUGGCCCAGGUGUGCCACGUGGUACCCCUGGUGGUGGGGGGCAUCUGCCAGUGCCUGGCCGAGCGCUACGUCGUCAUCCUGCUGAACGCGCUGCUGGACCGCAUGCUGCCCCGGCUGGUCUGCGGCCUCGUCCUCCGGUGCUCCAGCGAGGAUGUCAUCGGCCCAACCCUCAACACUCUGGGGCCCCUGCCAAGAGAAUGGCUACCCCAAGACUCCGAGUGCCACCUCUGCAUGUUUGUGACCAGCCAGGCAGGGAACAGCAGCGAGCAGGCCGUGCCACAGGCGAUGCACCAGGCCUGCCUGGGCUCCUGGCUGGACAGGCAAAAGUGCGAGCAGUUCGUGGAGCAGCGCUCGCGCCAGCUGCAGGCCCUAGUGUCCAGGGGCUGGGACGCCCGCACCACCUGCCAGGCCCUGGGGGUGUGUGCGACCCUGUUCAGUCCUCUCCAGUGUGUCCUCGGCCCCGACUUCUGAUGAGAACUCAAAGCCAUGCCAGAAUCCCUGCCACACUCAGCGCCAGGCUCAGCUCCCGGCUCCCUCGCCCAGUCCCAGCCCUCAGGGGAGCUUCCGCACCUACUCCAGGCUUCCCCUCACAGCUCACCCUCUGGACCGGCUGAUCUCCAGUAUUUGAUGUGUUCAGACCAAGGCCAGCCUUUCCUGAAACUCGCUGCCCCAAGACACCACCCCAUCAGAUGCCAGGAACUCCACCAUCACCUGACCCCUCCCUCCUGAGAUACCCCUCUUUCCCUCCCCCUGUCGUUGGGUCAGAGGUAACACCUUAGGAUGGAGGGAUGGGCUGGCGGCUGCUGCUGCACCAGGCGCCUUGGAGGAGAGAAGUGCCCCUGAGUACAAACUUGGUCAACUUUGCAGUUCUGCCCUGAGCAAGACCCUAACGCAAUGAUCGUUUAUUUAUUUCUUCACUCA